AAAAAAAAAAAAAAAAAAAAUGCACUGUGUUUCACACGGACUUAAAAGAGGGACGGACAACAAGGAAGAGAGAGCAGAGAAGAAAGCAAGCCAGUCAAAGAGGACGGAAGUUUGGGGGAUCAGAGAUCCUGGACACUUUGUGCAGAGGAGGACAAAUCUGUAAGACGAGCAGAGAGGCAGCCGGUUUUUACCUGCUUCUGGACCAAUUUGCACAUGUCCUGUCAUUCACCAAAUAAAUGGAGGAUAAAAGAAGGAAAACUGCGUGGUCCUUUGAGUAAAUACCCUGUUUAUAAAAGUCUGCAUGACUUUGUCCAUCCCUUUUUCAAGUGGGGAAGCUGCACAGAUUAAAAAAGAACUUGACAGUAAAAACCGGCAUAAACUGCUGAAGAAAAAAUAAAUAAGCUAAUUGAAGGAUCUUGCUAAAGAGAAGACAGUGCUGACAUCAUUUGUUUCCCUGAUCUGUGAACAACUGAGACUGAUUCAAAAGAUGGCAGAACCAGCUGAUGGAAAGUCUGUUGAAGAACUAAAGAUGGAGAGAACGACAGCAAAGAGGUCGUUGACUCGAUUGAUCAAUAACAUAACUCGGAUGCAUGAAGAUAUGACUGAAGAGGAAUUGAAGGACAGUUUCCACAAGCUCAACAUAGAGGCUGGAAAAGUAAUGGCAGCAAAUGAUGAUCUGGAAGCAAGUCUCAUCGCAGAAGUGGAAUCCAGAUUGGGUGAAGAUGACAAAGCCGCAGUGACUGAACAGCAGAAAUCUGAUCUGGAAAAGACUGCAAAGGAAUGUGAAGCAAAAGUAAGAGAAGUCAAAUGCUUAAUCCAGGAAACCCUGUGGAGAACCUUUGGAAGGACUGAACUGUUAAUUGCACUUCAAGCAGCAGAAUCAGAAUGUGAACAUGCCGCCACUAUCAGACCAGGAGUGGAAAAGGAGGCAUACGACUUCACGCUCAACCACCUGAAGGAACUCUUAAAGGUUGCAAAAGAAGCUCAUUCUCACUGGAAAAGAUGGAUCCCUCAUGGCAGACGGGAUGAAAUCCAAGAUCGGCUGGGAGGAUUGGAACUUAGGGUCCCCAAGCUGGUUUCCAGGACAGCAGAGUUCAUUCAUGCAAAGCUAAAAGAAGAUGAAGGAAAAGAGGAGCAAAUUGCAAUGUCCCGAAAUUAUUCCUUACCAACCAUCAAGCUAAAACCAACAUCGCUCCCAAAGUUUCUUGGGAACAAACGUGACUUUUACAGAUGGAAUAGGGACUGGGAAGCACUUCAAAAACAAGGAGAACCAACCGGUUCAAAGGAGGUGAAAAAAGCACAGCUAUUGGACAGUCUAGAUGAGAAAAUCACAAAAGACCUCCGCUUAAUCUCCUAUGGCACUCCAGAAGAUAUUUUUCAAAUCCUUGAAAACCGCUAUGGAAAUCAGACAGCUAUUGCAAUUGAAAUUGUGGAAGAGCUACAGAAGAUUCCUGCAGUUAGAGGUCACCAGCCAAGAAGAAUCGUGGAGUUGAUUCAAGCUGUUGAAAAAGCUCUUAAGGAUUUAAGUGACCUUGGAAACACCGGCGCCAUUAAAAACCCUCUGGUGACAAAGUCAAUUGAAAUGAAGCUUCCUGAAGUUUUAAAGAAGGAGUGGCUCGUUUAUGCAGCUGAUAAAAGGAAUGCUGUGGUACCAGAGAAUCGGUUUGAUCACCUCCUUGCAUUUCUGAAAGAUCAAGAAAAUAUUUAUGAGCAACUAGAGCAACUGAGAGAGGAGGAUUCAAGUAGACGAGAGACCCGAAUGGAGCAAAGACACGCCAGAACCAAGUCAGUCAAAGCAGUUGAUGACUUUGCAAGUUGUGUUGUCUGUGGCGAUGGAAAACACAGGAAAAGACUCUACUUUUGCAAACAGUUCAGAACAUUAACAUUAAAUGAGAAAAGAGCUGCGGUUAAGAAGGUAGGAGCAUGCAGUAAGUGUUUGGAAAUACAUGAGGACAAAUCAUACUGCAAACCUGGGUUUUGUGCAAGAAUCAAAGCUGCAGGAGUGGAGAUGAUCCACAUCACUACUAUUUAUGCCCAAGUGCUGAAGCCAAGAAAAGCAGCACAGCCCAGAGGAGGAACCGAAUGGGGCCAGAAGAAGACAAAACCAGGAGGAAAGGCGAUGACGCUCGCUGAAGAAAGGGAGCUUGAGGUAGUGAAGGAAGGCCUCACCUACAGUGGAGGAGACAGCCACACAGACAAACCUCACUGGCACGCUAGAUACCCAUGGUUCCGAGAGGGAGCUUAUGCUGCAUUAGGAGAUAUAAAGAAAAUGUAUAACUCUGUUUGGCUGGAAGAAAGAGAAGUUCACCUGCACAGAUUUAUUUGGCGUGAUUCUGAGGAUGAGAAAGUUGGAGAUUAUGCAGUUACAAGAGUGAACAUUGGAGAUAAACCUGCAGGAUGCAUUGCACAGGUGGCGAUGCGAGAAACUGCAAGUUUACCCUCAUUUAUUCAUCUUAAAGAAGAGAGGGAAGUCCUUCAGAAUAAUAGCUACGUUGAUGACAUUCUAACGUCCCACAAUGACCCAGUCAGGUUAAAGGAAAUCACAGAAAAUGUGGAGCGCAUUCUCAAAGCUGGAGGUUUCAAACUCAAACCAUGGGUGUUUUCUGGGCAAAGUGGGAGGAACAACAAGCAGGAUGAAGUGAAGGUAAAGACCAUGGUUCUACCAAACCAAAUGCAGGAUGAGGACAAUAAAGCACUCGGCCUGGGGUACAUUGUGGAGGAGGACAAACUUCAUGUCAUGGUCAGCAUAAAUUUUUCAAAGAGGAAAAAGAAGAUGCGACUUGGGCAAGACCUUCAGUUGGACCAAAUCAGAAGUCAAACACCAAACCCUUUGACAAGGCGAGAGCUUCUCAGUCAGGUGUCUGGUCUAUACGAUCCAGUUGGCUUGGUAACUCCUGCAAAACAGAAAGGGGCAAUCCUAGUGCGGAAAGCUUUCCAAGAGGCAAAGAACGUGAGUAACCAGGUCAAAGACACCUGGGAUUUAGCACUCUCCAGUGACCUUAGAGAAGAUGCAAUCAAGCUCUUUGAAGAGUACACUCAGCUUAGAUUGGAGAGAUCCAGAGCAACACAAGAAUCCAAGAUUGGUGGUGGAUUCCUGGGAAUCAAAACAUUGCUGACAUCAUUACCCGAGGAGCCAGCCCUCAAGAUCUUGGUAUUGAUUCUAAGUGGCAACAAGGCCCAGCAUUUCUAA